GUGAAAUAAAGUGAGAAAAAAAAAAGGGAAACCAGGACACUCACUGUCUGCUGGGCUGUCCCCACAACAUUAUCAGCUACAUGCAUUAGUAAUAGCCUAUAAUAACUUAACAGAAGCAUCUGACAGGGUCCAUUCUGCUGCCCAAGAAUUAAUAUUGAUAGCAUAGUAAGUAAGUAAGUAACAGGUUUGACAUUGAUCCACUAGUCACGAAACAAAACAGAGAGUCUGCACUGCCCCUGUACACAGGCAGAGCCAUAAUAAAAAACUGGUGGUUUUUAUUUGAAGAGGCGCCGGAAGCAGCAGGACAAAAUGGCUUUGACCCAAGAAUCUAUUUUGUCUUUUUUACUGGAGCACGGAGGCAGAGUGAAGAACUCGGAGCUGCUGAACAAUUUCAGGAGUCAAAUCAGCUGCUGUGAUCCCGCGGAAAAGCAGCACAAUAGGGACCUUUUCAAGAAGUUGGUGAACAGCGUCGCUGUGGUCAAACAGAUCGACGAGGUAAAGUUUGUAGUUGUGAAAAAACGGUACCAGGACUUUGUUAAGGAGGAUUCGCAAGAUGCCUCGCAGAAAACGCAGAUGGAUGACAGUUUCUCGAGCCAAAACGCGAGCUUUUCGUACACGUCUCCUCAGCGAGCCGAGUCAGCCAGGAUGAUUUAUUCUGACCUUGAGAACAAUAAUGUGUUCUACCCCUCAAAGUAUUAUAGCAAUGCCAUGCAUACGUCUGUGGGGAGUAUGCAGGAAAGGGGGCCAUUAUCAAUGAAUAAUAGUACGGACACAAUUAAAGUCCUCAACAUCUCCGGAGAUCAGGCGAGCAGAGCGAGGAAAUCUGGAGCUGUGUUCGCUGUCAUAGCAGUAAAAUCCCCACAGAGAGACUCUGCACCAGCAACACAGAAGGGAUUACUCUCCCAAGUGCAUCAGCAGAAAACUUCACACAAACCAGUCACGUUAGCAACCAAAGUUUCUGCACCAGCAGUGACAACUGUGAACCUUCCAGCUUGCAAGAAGGACUCACUAAGUGACUCUCAAUGUUGGAAAAACAGACAGACAGAGGACAUGCAACCCCCAGUCUGUACCCAGGUGAGGCCCCAAAACAAGACCACAAGACAGGGAGAUGAUGCAAAGUACUCAGAACCUGUGCCUCUGCAGCCAUUAGCUCAUGAGUGGUUGGUGAAGUGUGCUGCUGGACUGUGGGGACAGAUCUAUGGGUUGCUGCUGCAGGACACACGGUUAGCACAGAGGAAAGACUUUAUGUCAGGUUUCACGGCACUGCACUGGGCUGCCAAGGACGGCAACAGCGAGAUGAUCCAUAAGCUCAUGGAUAUCUCCAGGAAAAAAGGCACUUACGUUAACGUAAACAGCAAAGCACACGGAGGAUACACACCUUUGCACAUCGCAGCCAUACACGGCCACACUGAAGUCAUGGUUUUGCUUGUGGAAAGGUAUGGGGCCAAUGUAAACCAAAGAGAUAAUGAUGGCAAAAAGGCCUUCCACUACCUGGGCAGAGGUGUGCCAGCUGAGGUCAGAGCACUUUUGGGAGGACUGCAGCAGACCAAGGACAGGGAGAAGACAGAAGAUGGAGAAUACAGAGAGCACCCAAAAGGCUUCAACACUAUCAGUAAACUGUUCCAGCCUCACAUAGGGAAGAAACAAAAGACAACAACUAAGUUUGCUCAUGACUGGUGAGAAGGACUUGGAUCACAAAAGAAGCUGUGAGAUGGACACUAUCAAAAUAGUAAGAGAUCAUACUGUCAGUUUGUAUAUUAUGUUAAUAUAAAACAACUUAAGCUCUUAAUGUCUAUAACUGAAUCACAAAAGUGUAGUUUCUCAGUACCUAUUGCAUGCUUUAGCUCUCUUGUACAGUGUAUCACUGUUGGGUGUACUAUUUAUGAAUGGUAUUUAUGAUUUUAUUGUAUUUUUUUCUUUUGUUGAACUCAGUGUAUUAACAUUGCUAUUUUUAACCCACUAAAUUUAUUUUUCUUGCUAACAACACACACAAUCAGUGAUGGUCAUACAUAUUUUCAUCACCUAAUGUGUAAUAAAUCUUUGGAAUUUGCCUCUUCAUGACCCGUGAUGAUU